CAGAAGUCGAGUAGCAAGGAAACCAAACCUCUCUCUUCCAUUUUGCAGAGCCUUGUGAUACAAGGUCACGAUGCGUCUCAUAUCCAAUGCCUAAACUUAGAACCAAAACUGGAUGUUUGACUUGUCGUAAACGCAGAAAGAAGUGUGAUGAGACACGUGAACGGUGCCAGAACUGCUCGAGAAAUGCCCUUGAAUGUAUAUGGCCUUCAAAAGAACAAGAAAAAGACCGUCGACAUCUGCCGCGCGCCGGGCGGUCCACUGAUGAAGACGGUGAUGGAAGUGAGCUGAACGCCUUGGUGGGAUGGGACCGACCGGGCAAUCCGAUCCAUGAGCUCUUCAACACAGUAUUCUCUCCAUCGACUCCAUUAUUGCCUAUAGACAGUCAUUUUUACACGGUCCCAUCGUCUCUGUCUGUUGUGCUCACCAAUGUAGAAGAACCAAACGCGACAGUGUUGCUUAUUGCCUUUGCAAAUGAGUUCCUACCAGGUCGUAUUCAUCCAAGAUCCUAUCCGCGGUAUUUGGACUUUUCAUAUGCCUAUGAUAUGGCAUUGUCUAGCCCGCCGUUACUGAAUGCGUGUCUGGCCUGCGCGACCAGUGCUCUUGGGACAAAAUAUCAAGUUGCGAAUGCGGAGUUGAGAGCAGAACGGAUCUACGCAAAGUCCAUUCAUGCGCUGCGAAGCAUACUUGAAGAGGGAGGCUGUGAAGGUAGUGAAGAUUGGUUACUGGCGACAGUGGUAAUCCUCUGUCUCUAUGAAAAUCGGAAACCAGGCUACGAUCCAGCGACAGCCACUGCACACAUCGCAGCAGCCGGCCAGGUUUUCCGCAAGCGAGCCAUAAACAAGAUGAGCGCCGCUACCGCAGUAUCUACCCAAGAACUGGCAAGUUCGCAAACAUGGUCGGCCAUUAUAUUUGAACGCAUCUUCACUGAGUCAUUUCUAUACCACUCUAUGGUCAUGUCGGUGCAGGAUUCGAAUCUCACGCCACUGCAAGACCCAGUGUUGCGCAAAGUCUUCGACGAUUACUAUGACUCCUGCUUGUUGUCGACAUCCCCGGAACCUAAGAAUUGGCCGAUUCUUGGAAUGCAUUAUCAGAUAGUCCGGUUGUUUUCCGAUCUUCUUGCUGCCCUCGACGACAAGCCCACAUUUUGUGGACUCGGUGACAUCAUAGAACAGCUGGGGCUAUGGGAAAACACGUCGCUGACAGAUGAGCAUGGAAUUCAUGUCUUGCUUUACAUCUCUGCUGCAAAACUUCUUGCUUAUCAGCACCUGGUGGAUUCCUCAUACGAUACCACACAAUACCAAAGUCUUUUGCAACAGGAACUUGAAAAUUGUAAAAGUUUGCUUGCAAAGAUCGAUGUUACUACCAAUGCUUUUAGCCGGUACUUCUUUUGGCCUCUGGCCAUCAUCGAAAGGGUGAUUCAAAAUCCCACUGCGUCACUGCUGGUCCAGCAGAAAUUGAAGACUAUGGAGGACGUCGAUCCAGCAGGAAAGAGAGCCUACGAUUGGGUCGCCGAGGGAUUCGAGCGAAGAUUUAGGGUUGCAUGAUACCACUAAGCAUGUCUAUGGUAAAGAUCCCAUGCUUUGCUGACAUAUGAGAUUUAAUUACGUAUACAAAUAGUUUCAAGAUAACAACCCAAGCAUGUUGAUACAAUAGGGUCAGCUUCACAAGCAUUCCGGAAG